AUGACUAGGAAUUUCCCAAAGGAUCACAGUCAUAACCUGCCUGCCCAGGACAUCAGUCUGGUGAUGAAGAAGAGCCAGUUGCUGCUAGACCGGGGCCAGUGGGCCAACAAGCUAGAGUUCCUCUUGGCCGUGGCAGGCACCUUGGUGGGGCUGGGGAACUUGUGGAGGUUCCCAUAUCUGUGUUACAAAAAUGGAGGAGGUAAGGGGCGCUACCGCACACUCGAGACACCUGCACACUUUAUCACAGCCUUUGUACACUGCUACUGCAUUUACACUAGGGUCAUGUACUAAAUGUACUUGAUUGCCAUGUCAACACAGUGGGAAAGAAUAACCUUGCUAUUCUUCUUAUUUAUGUUAUCAUAAUUAAUAUUUGACUUGAUAUGGUUGUAAGGUACUGUGCUGUCUUUCCCCAAAGGUUUCGUUAUGAUCGUAGUGGGUGUAAAGUGGGUGACACUUUAGGUACAUUAAGGUACCUUUUAAGAGAGUUAUAACUGUUUAUAAACUACAAAUUAACUAACUAAUGGUUAAAUGUCUUUAAACUACUUGGAAACCCUUUACAACCCUUUAACCCUAUAGUGUCUAAGCCCUGUCUAAGCCGGGGGAGGGGUGUUUUAAUCUAACAUAUGGAAUUGAUUUAAGAUGGUCAUACCAAGGAUCAUUUAGCUAUUUGAUUUGGAAUUUUAAAACCCCUUAAUGUUUCAAAAAAAUAUAUACAAAAAUUAUUGGAUAAAACAUUGAAUUUGGCAUUACUGCUAUUAGCCAGUAGAAAUGCAUUGAAUAACAGAUUCAAUACAUGGAACAACAGAUAGUCCCAAAAAAAUCUAAAGGAAGUUUGUUCUGAAGUGUCUGUCCUAUAUCUGAGAGAUAUAAGAAAUAUCAGGAAACUAUUAUUAUUAUUUAUUUAUUUUUUACAUGCAUUUAUCUCAUUAUUUUAGGCACUAAACUACAAUAUCUCCAUAUAUACUUCCAUUCAUUUUUUAAACUGGUACCGGGGACCUUCAGACGAGUCUUGUGAGGCUUGUGGGCAUCCUAGAGCAAAACGGAGAAUGCCAUGAUGUUCGCGAGAGUCUCAUCUUUCAACGUUUUUGUGAAAAUACAAAUUUUUGGGAUGUCUCAUGGUCUGACAAACACCGUUCUAGCUCUGCCACCUUUCACCGCAGAUGCGGAAAGGCGAUAUCGGCGGCUGCGAUGGAUUGAGACGCAGCCCAUGCAAAAAAACAUAUCUCUAGCUUAAACAGACUGAUUUUAAUGGGGAUUUUAGUAUUAUGUUAAUUCGAUUUCAAAUUGUAGGUUACGGGUACCUUGUGUUAAAGACCUGAGCUUGUGAAAUAUAGCUUGUGAAAUGUAAUCAACAUUUAAUCUCCUCUGGUAUGGUUUGAUGGGAAACGUUUGAUACAGAUACCUACAUUGAAUGCAUUAAAAAGGUGUGGGGUGUGAACAGUAAAAGGGGAAGCAAGUAUUAAGAUCACUUUAUUGCUCAAUUGCACACAAGGUCCAACCUAACUUAAGCUUUUAACCCAACCCCUCUGAAAGUUGUGGGGGGUUAAGUGCCUUGCUCAAGGGCACAACAGCAGGCAAUGGCAUCGAGAAUUUGAUACCACAAACCCUCCGGUUGUCAGCUCACUUCCCACCAGAUCAUUCCCAUUAGACCCGAACUGGCAAUCCUCCGAUUGCUGGCUCGCAUCUCUAACCGCUAGGCUACCUGCUGCCCCGUAGUAUCUAUGACUGAUUUAUGUGUUUUGGCUCCCAAUUACAGUAAUAGUCUUCAAACUGACAGCAUUUGUACCUCAGUGCUCCUACAAUGUUAUCAGUCUAGGCCAGAGGUUCCCAAACUUUUUCACUCAGGCCCCCCUUCCAGCAUUGAGGAACAUCCCGCACCCCCCACGUCCAUUUCUAUGGCACUGUUUAUGACACAAACUGUUCACACCCCUCUUGUUGGCGGAGAGAACAUUUUGUAGGUUUAAAGUUUAUUUCCUGCAAUUCUAUACAUUUUGCCAUGGGAUGGAGUCUUGCUUUUACCAUUUUAAAGCUAAUUUCCUGCAAUUCUACACAUUUGUCAUGGGCUGCAAAGAAAAUGUUGUAGUUCUAACCUGUUAAACUGUUUUGGGCUCCCCCUCCAAAAAGAAUAAUCAGAAAAUAGAAACUGACAUAUAAUUUGAAAGCUACAGGCCGAACUCAAAUCUUACUGAAGGCAAUGUCACAAGAAUCUCCCCCCGACCGCCCCCCAUAAAGGCCAUAAAUAAUGCGCUAUGGACAUAUUCAUAGAGUAUGAACAAAAAUAUAAAUGCAACAUGCAACAAUUUCAAUGAUUUUACUGAAUUACAAUUCAUAUAAGGAAAUCAGUCAAUUGAAAUAAAUUCAUUAGGCACACAUCUAUGGAUUUCAAAUGACUGGGCAGGGGCGCAGCCAUGGGUGGGCCUGGGAGGACAUAGGCCCACCCACUUUGGAGCCAGGCCCAGCCAAUCAAAAUGAGUUUUUCCCAACAAAAGGGCUUUAUUACAGACAGAAAUACUCCUAAUGAUGGCUGGUCUCAGACAAUUCCGCAGGUGAAGAAACCGGAUGUGGAGGUCCUGGGCUGGCGUGGUUACACGUGGUCUGCGGUUGUGAAGCCGGUUGGAUGUACUGCCAAAUUCUCUAAGACGACGUUAACAUUAAAUUAUCUGGCAACAGCGCUGGUGGACAUCCCCCCAGUCAGCAUGCCAAUCGCACGCUCCCUCAAAAUUUGAGACAUCUGUGGCAUUGUGUUGUGUGACAAAACUGCAUGUUUUAGAGUCUCCAGCACAAGGUGCCCCUGUGGAAUGAUCAUGCUGUUUAAUCAGCUUCUUGAUAUGCCACACUUGUCCUGUGGAUGGAUUAUCUUGGCAAAGAAGAAAUGGUCACUAACAGGGAUGUAAACAAAUUUGUGUACAGAAUUUGAGAGAAAUAAGCUUUUUGUGCGUAUAGAACAUUUCUGGGAUCUUUUAUUUCAGCUCAUGAAACAUGGGACCAACACAUAAAAUGUUGUGUUUAUGUUUUUGUUCAGUAAUAAGUCAAGUCACCAAAAGCAAACAUUUAGUAUGGAUGGAGGGAGUACACCCUGAUGGUCAUUGUAAAGCAAUACAUUUCCUUCUCUAUCCAAAUGACCUUGUAUGCAUCCUCCACAUGCGCCGUUUAGCUAGCUCAUCAUUUACAAUAGGAAAAGUGAAUGGGGAAAAAACUCCAUAACUUGAAAGCCCUGAUUGCUAAGGUCCUUUUAAGAUGUCAGGCUUGAAAAUCCGUUCAUCCAUUUUGGCACUGUAAUUCACUACCCAAACCAGACACAACUGGUUUCAAGUGGCCAAGAGCAUGUGAUCUCCUACUGCUGUUUAGUGGAUGAGCUGGGAAUCAGACAGAGGAUAUAUUUACAUCAAUGGAUAGGUAUAGACUUCAGCUUGGCAUUCCUUAUGGAACAGUAAUUGUUGACCUAUUUUAUCUCAAAACUAGACGUUCAAAUCUCUUAUUCCCCAACAUGGGGGGCAAUUUGGGGGAACCCAAUCUCGGCCUCUGUAGUAGUCACAUUGUUGCUGACACCUUUAUCUGAAUCCUACCAUUCUUACCUUUCUAACUGUAGUAAGCAUGUGUUUGUAGGACCUAUAGUUUUGAAACCGUAAUGUACUUUAUGAGGGUAGUAUACAAUAGUAUGUGUCAUUUAGAGAAUGCCUCCAGAGGUGGACAGAGUUUAUUAUAGCUAAUUUCCUGCAAUUGUACACAUUUUGCCAUGUCUUAUAUGUGUUCAUGUGAUAUUUGAGUGACUCAAACAUUACAAGAAAGUCAAUGGGCUAAAGAAACCUAGCUAAAAAACGUUAGCAGACAUGGGCUAGUUGAUCUAGACAUUAGAGUUAUAAAUAGCUCUCUAAGGUCUGCAAUGACUGACAUGACAAGAGGAAAACUGCUGUUGCACUACUCAGUUAAAAAAUUCCGCCUCGUGCAUUCUACUAUCAAAACUUUCCGGAGUAAGUUGAAAGCCAGACUGAGUUCCUAAAAAAUAAAAAAUAAACUUGCGCCCCCUAGGCCCAACAGUUUGGGAACUGCUGGUCUAGGCCAUGUGAUUAACAUUUUAUGAAGUAGCUAUGUAGGGCGUCCUCCGCUCUGCAUGUGGAUCAAGUUAGGCAUAACAACACUUUGUAACCGUCCUCACAGGUGCAUUCCUGAUUCCAUAUGUUCUGUUCCUGCUCUCCUGUGGGAUCCCCAUGUUCCUCCUGGAGACAGCCAUGGGACAGUACACCUCGCAGGGCUGCAUCACCUGCUGGAGACACUUCUGCCCUCUCUUUGAAGGUUACUACUGCAAGCAUAGAAUUACAUAUAGAAUCCCAGUGUGUGUGCUUGUGUGUGUGUGUGUGAGUGUGAGAGAGAGCGUGAGAGAGAAUGAUAAGAUCUUUAUAGCUGCAAGAACAUUUCAUUUUAGGGACCCUCUUAGUACAGUAUGCACUGUACUGUGCUGAUGGGUUUUGUUUUGUAAAUAGCGGGUGAGCCCAAGAGGAAAUAUUCCACAGUAUAUAUAGAGUCACCUCCAUAAUGAUUGGCACCCUUAAUAGAGAUGAGCAGAAAAUACUGUAUAAUAUAUAAUACAAAUACUGCUCUAUAUUGUAUGCUAAAUAAAUGGGAAACAUUAUUUUAUGCUAAUACAGUUGCUCAGAGAAAUAUAUUAUUUUUUAACAAGUAAUAUUUUUUUAUCUCAAAAAGAUGGGUGUCAAACUUAUUGGCACCUCUAAAUAUUAUUAGAAAUAAAAUCAAACAAAAUAAAAUCUGCUCAAUGAAUCUCAUCGUAAGGAACUGUAUUGUGUCCUUCCAUGGCUGCCUGUUUCACUAAGGUAUAAAAAUGAGGUAAAAUGCAUGUUAAAUCCCUUUGUGAUGGGAAAAGUCAAAGAACUCACAAACGAAGAGGCAAAUUGUUGUUGACCUUCAUAUAUCAGGCAAUAUAUAUAUAUAUAUAUAUAUAUAUAUAUAUAUAUAUAUAUAUAUAUAUAUAUGUAUAUAUAUACACUGCUAAAAAAAAUUAAGGGAACACUUAAACAACACAAUGUAACUCCAAGUCAAUCACACUUCUGUGAAAUCAAACUGUCCACUUAGGAAGCAACACUGAUUGACAAUAAAUGUCACAUGCUGUUGUGCAAAUGGAAUAGACAACAGGUGGAAAUUAUAGGCAAUUAGCAAGACACCCACAAUAAAGGACUGGUUUUGCAGGUGGUGACAACACAGACCACUUCUCAGUUCCUAUGCUUCCUGGCUGAUGUUUUGGUCACUUUUGAAUGCUGGCGGUGCUUUCACUCUAGUGGUAGCAUGAGACGGAGUCUACAACCCACACAAGUGGCUCAGGUAGUGCAGCUCAUCCAGGAUGGCACAUCAAUGCGAGCUGUGGCAAGAAGGUUUGCUGUGUCUGUCAGCGUAGUGUCCAGAGCAUGGAGGCGCUACCAGGAGACAGGCCAGUACAUCAGGAGACGUGGAGGAGGCCGUAGGAGGGCAACAACCCAGCAGCAGGACUGCUACCUCCGCCUUUGUGCAAGGAGGAGCAGGAGGAGCACUGCCAGAGCCCUGCAAAAUGACCUCCAGCAGGCCACAAAUGUGCAUGUGUCUGCUCAAACGGUCAGAAACAGACUCCAUGAGGGUGGUAUGAGGGCCCGACGUCCACAGGUGGGGGUUGUGCUUACAGCCCAACACCGUGCAGGACGUUUGGCAUUUGCCAGAGAACACCAAGAUUGGCAAAUACGCCACUGGCGCCCUGUGCUCUUCACAGAUGAAAGCAGGUUCACACUGAGCACAUGUGACAGACGUGACAGAGUCUGGAGACGCCAUGGAGAACUUUCUGCUGCCUGCAACAUCCUCCAGCAUAACCGGUUUGGCGGUGGGUCAGUCAUGGUGUGGGUGGCAUUUCUUUGGGGGGCCGCACAGCCCUCCAUGUGCUCGCCAGAGGUAGCCUGACUACCAUUAGGUACCGAGAUGAGAUCCUCAGACCCCUUGUGAGACCAUAUGCUGGUGCGGUUGGCCCUGGGUUCCUCCUAAUGCAAGACAAUGCUAGACCUCAUGUGGCUGGAGUGUGUCAGCAGUUCCUGCAAGAGGAAAGCAUUGAUGCUAUGGACUGGCCCGCCCGUUCCCCAGACCUGAAUCCAAUUGAGCACAUCUGGGACAUCAUGUCUCGCUCCAUCCACCAACGCCACGUUGCACCACAGACUGUCCAGGAGUUGGCGGAUGCUUUAGUCCAGGUCUGGGAGGAGAUCCCUCAGGAGACCAUCCGCCACCUCAUCAGGCGCAUGCCCAGGCAUUGUAGGGAGGUCAUACAGGCACGUGGAGGCCACACACACUACUGAGCCUCAUUUUGACUUGUUUUAAGGACAUUACAUUUAAUUUUGAGGGUGACUCCAAAUCCAGACCUCCAUGGGUUGAUAAAUUUGAUUUCCAUUGAUAAUUUUUGUGUGAUUUUGUUGUCAGCACAUUCAACUAUGUAAAGAAAAAAGUAUUUAAUAAGAUUAUUUCAUUCAUUCAGAUCUAGGAUGUGUUAUUUUAGUGUUCCCUUUAUUUUUUUGAGCAGUGUAUAUAUAUAUACACUACUGUUCAAAAGUUUGGGGUCACUUAGAAAUUUCCUUGUUUUCGAAAGAAAAGCUAAUUUUUUGUCCAUUAAAAAAACAUCAAAUUGAUCAGAAAUACAGUGUAGACAUUGUUAAUGUUGUAAAUGGCUAUCGUAACUGGAAACGGCUGAUUUUUUAUGGAAUAUCUACAUAGGCGUACAGAGGCCCAUUAUCAGCAACCAUCAGUCCUGUGUUCCAAUGGCACGUUGUGUUUGCUAAUCCAAGUUUAUCAUUUUAAAAGGCUAAUUGAUCAUUAGAAAACCCUUUUGCAAUUAUGUUAGCACAGCUGAAAACUGUUGUGCUGAUUAAAGAAGCAAUAAAACUGGCCUUGCUACCAAAUCUACAAUUAAACGCCCCCUCCAUGCCAAUGGGCUCUUUGGAAGGGUUGCCAAAAAAAGCCUUUAUUGAAAGCAACCAACAAAGGUAAACUGCUGUAAUUUGCUAAACGGCAUUGGUAUUUGGAUUGCAACUGGUGUUAUGUUCAGAUGACAUGAAAAUAGAGCUCCUUGGCCACGCACACCAGUGGUGGGUUUGGUGUCGAAAGAAGGAUGCAUAUAGAAAAAACAACCUCAUACCUACUGUAAAAUAUGGUGGUGGAUCUUUGAUCUUAUGGGGCUGUUUUGCUUCCACUGUUCCUGGGGCCCUUGUUAAGGUGAACAGCAUUAAGAACUCCACCAAGUACCAGGACAUUUUAGCCCAAAACCUGGUUGCCUCUGCCAGGAGGUUGCCUCUGCCAGGAGGCUGAAACUUGGCUGCAAGUGGAUUUUACAGCAAGACAAUAACCCCAGCACAAAUCAAAAUCCAGAAAGAAAGGGUUAAUUGACAACAAAAUCAACAUUUUGCAUUGACCAUCUCAGUCUCCGGACUUGAACCCCAUCGAAAACCUGUGGUUUGACUGGAAGAGGGCAGUCCUUAAGCGUGUGUUCUCCAAUCUCAUAAAAUAUUUUAGAAAAAAGCUCAGUCUCAUUAUCCUUGCAAGGGGAGUGUACCAGAGUAUCGAAAACAGGGGUGCCAAUAAUUUUGAAACCUUGAUUUUUUUUAAAUAUGGUUUAUUACUUGUUAAACAAAAUCUGUUUCUCUGCAAUUGUAUUAUUAUAAAAUAAUAUAAAUUAAAAACAUUUAUUGCCUACAAUAUACUGUAGGUCCGUAUUUGUAUUAUUUAUUUAUUUUUGCUAAUAUUUAUCAAGGGUUCCAUACAUUUUGGAGGUGAUCUACUCAUGAAAAUGUUGCUCAAUUCUGACGUGGCUAUUUGAAUAUGUAGUCAGAAUGCUCUCAAGGCAAUAGUACACUAAUCCAUAUGUGAAUUAGCAUUUUUUAAAUAAAUGUUUACAAUUUCUUACCCUAUAUAAUACUUUAUAUUACAAAAUGAUCACAGGAUGAAAUAGUACAGGAAAGACAUAUUUAGCUUGUUUCAGCUUAUCCAUUAUGAAUUUACUCAAAACAGCCAACCUUAGCCCCCCCAAAAAAUCCCUCCAAGCCAACCUUAUCUGGGUGGAAAACACAAAACCUGCAAACAGGAAACUGUGCAUAUUUACAUUUAAGUGCACUUACAAUUGUUUUGUUUGUCCCCAGGGAUUGGUUAUGCCACCCAGGUGGUCAUUGCGUAUGCUGCAGUGUCAUACAUCAUCAUCCAGGCCUGGGCCUUCUUCUACUUGUUCUCCUCCUUCAGUGCCGAGGUGCCAUGGGCCAGCUGCAGAAACGCCUGGAACACA